AUGGCGGUGUUAAGAAGAAGAUGGUGGUUUUGCAUCGGGGUGUUCCCCCUCGUACUGGCUGUGGUGUGCGCGCAAAGUGUCGGUGUAAAUGAUCCGAGCAAUAUGCCUUUGGUUAAAGAGACCGUGGAUAGGCUGUUGAAAGGUUAUGAUAUACGACUGAGGCCAGAUUUUGGAGGUGCACCGGUGGGAGUGGGCAUGAAUAUAGACAUCGCCAGCAUAGACAUGGUGUCAGAAGUCAAUAUGGACUACACUCUGACCAUGUAUUUCCAGCAGGCCUGGCGAGAUAAGCGCUUGUCCUAUUCGGAGAUUCCCCUCAACCUGACCUUAGAUAACCGCGUGGCAGACCAGCUGUGGGUGCCUGACACCUACUUCCUCAACGACAAGAAGUCUUUCGUCCACGGUGUCACUGUGAAAAACAGAAUGAUCCGUCUGCACCCAGACGGCACUGUGCUUUACGGUCUGAGGAUCACCACCACUGCUGCUUGUAUGAUGGACCUCCGAAGGUAUCCGUUGGAUGAGCAAAACUGCACAUUGGAGAUUGAAAGUUAUGGCUACACAACAGACGACAUUGAGUUCUACUGGCGAGGAGGCAACAAUGCGGUAACGGGUGUGGACAAGAUUGAGCUGCCACAGUUCUCCAUCGUCGAUCACAAGCUCAUCUCUAAGAAUGUUGUCUUCUCAACAGGAUCUUAUCCACGCCUGUCUUUAAGUUUUAAGCUGAAGAGAAAUAUUGGAUAUUUCAUCCUGCAAACAUACAUGCCUUCAAUCCUGAUCACCAUUCUCUCCUGGGUCUCCUUUUGGAUCAACUACGACGCAUCUGCUGCCAGGGUGGCUCUGGGUAUUACCACUGUGCUGACCAUGACUACAAUCAAUACCCAUCUGAGAGAAACUCUCCCCAAAAUCCCCUACGUCAAAGCUAUUGACAUGUACCUCAUGGGUUGCUUCGUCUUUGUCUUUCUGGCUCUACUGGAGUACGCAUUGGUCAACUACAUCUUCUUUGGACGGGGUCCGCAGCGUCAGAAAAGGGCAGCAGAGAAAACCGCUAUAGCCAAUAAUGAAAAGAUGAGAAUGGAUCCAAAUAAGUGGCUGGUGGGUAGUGUGGUUGGCCGAGAUGACACCUUGUAUGCGAGGAUGAAACAAAGGGAUCUCGAUGGUCAUGACUCAAUGUGGGAACCCAUCUUUAUGGAUGAUGCAGCCAUCGGACUGGGCGACCAAAAAAAUAAGGCCGUGACAAAAAGUUUCUAUCUUCAACAGAUGGACCCCCAUGAAAACAUAUUGCUGAGUACUUUAGAUAUUAAGAACGACAUGGGAAUUUCAGAGCUGGCUUUGGGUCUCAAUGACCCGCGGAACACCAUGUUAACGUACGACAGCUCCACCCUGCAAUACCGCAAAGCAGGACUAGCCCGCCACAACUUUGGCCGAAACACGCUGGAGCGUCACAUGACGAAGAGGAGUCGACUAAGGAGGCGCACCUCGCAGCUCAAGAUUAACAUUCCAGACUUGACUGAUGUCAACUCCAUAGACAAAUGGUCGCGGAUGAUCUUCCCAACUGUCUUCUCCUUUUUCAACAUUGUCUACUGGCUUUAUUAUGUCAAUUAA